AUGCAGUCUAACAUUCGGGCUCAGGCUGAGAUUCAGGCUCGGCGGAAAAAGCAACUCGCGAAUUCGUACAAGCAGUUACUUGAUGAAUUUGCCGCGGAAGAUUUGAAGACGGUCGGGAACUAUACUCUGGGCAAACUUAUAGGAAAGGGAAGCUUUGGGAAAGUAUACCUCGCGACGCAUAAACUCACCAAUGGGUCGAAGGUCGUCCUCAAGUCCGCGAGGAAGAACGAUGCGAACCUCGCCCGAGAGAUACAUCACCACCGCCAAUUUAUACAUCCGCACAUUGCCCGCCUCUACGAAGUCAUAGUUACAGAACAGCUGGUCUGGCUCGCGUUGGAAUGGUGUCAAGGCGAUGAACUCUACGACUACCUGCUGAAAAAAGGGGCUCUCGAGCCCCCCAAGGUCCAGCGCAUAUUCACACAACUCGUCGGCGCGGUUUCGUACGUGCACAACAAAUCCUGCGUCCACCGCGACCUCAAGUUGGAGAACAUACUGCUGGACAAACAUGGCGAUGUCAAAUUGGUCGACUUUGGCUUCACGAGGGAGUACGAGGGAAAAUCAAACUAUCUGCAGACGUGGUGCGGAACUGUAUGCUACAGCGCACCAGAAAUGCUAAAGGGGGAGAAGUACGCGGGCGAAAAAGUAGAUGUCUGGAGUCUAGGCAUCAUUCUCUAUGCCCUACUCGUCGGUGAACUGCCCUUUGACGACGAUGACGAAAUCGUCACAAAGACCAAGAUUCUCAAGGAAGAACCCAAAUACCCCGAUACCUUUCCUGCACAGGCGCGCGAGCUGUGCUCCGCCCUCUUGUCGAAACGGCCCAUUCUCCGACCGACGCUCGCGGAUAUAUUGCAAAAUCCGUGGCUGAGUGAGCAUGCGCCGCGACAGCAGGAGACGCUGAAGUUGCAGCAGCCCGCGCCAUUUUCCACGGAAUUGGAGAAGGAGGUGCUGCAACGAAUGAAGGCUGCUGGUGUGGAUAUUGACAUGGUGAUUGAGAAUGUUCUGGCACAGCGGUGUGAUUCCCUGGCCGGGUGGUGGGCAUUACUUCUCGAGAAGGAGGAGCGCAAAGCGAAGAGACGGGAGCGCAAGAGGAAGGAGAGAGAAGCCGAAGCGAAGAGUCUUAGGCGAUUGAGCGCAGCGAGCAGUGCGUUGGAGAAGAUGGCACCGACGAUUAGGGAGAUUGAUGAAGACGGUUUGCCAUCGCCUGGAAAUAGUCGUACGCCCAAGAGCCGUGGGAGGACUAUGAAUCGCAGGAGUAUGCAGAGUGUUCCUGACCUUCCCGACCUCCCCGAAUCGAGCUCCAUAACCACGCCCACUCUUCCACCGACCGACAAGCCCCUCCCUUCCCUCUCCUCACGCCACUCUCGCACCUCACACUCCUCUAGUCGCCCCCCACUCCCAGCCAAAGAUCUCGAACGCCGAAAAUCACGCUCCACCAUGCUCCAAACCGUAACGACGAACCCAGACCUGCUCUCCCCAAACGGCUUCGUACCCAAGAACCGGCGGCGCAAACAGCCCUUCAUCAGCCAUCUUGUGUCUCUGCGAAACUGGAUCAAAGAAACCAGCAAACGGGCACGAAGUCCGCAUUCAAAGGCCAGUAGUGGAGGACGCUCACCAAAGAUGUCUGGGCAUGGCGGUCUUGGAGGGUGUGCAACUGGGGAACGGGGAGGCGGCGAUCCAAAAAGGCUCAGUACAGCGAAUCGAUCCAGUGCGCAUUCAAACACGCUCACGCCCACAACAUCGUACCACCAGCCCCGUCCGCGCGUCUCCACAAACGGCUCAGGCUCCGUGCGCCGACUCUCUGCUUCCCCUGCACCCCUAACCCCCCGCUCCAGUUACCGAAGGUCUUCAGGCGGGCUCAGAGGCAGAAAGAGCACUUCCUCCAGUGUAUCCUCGAUCCGCUCGAUGCCACACCACCACCAUAGCCAUAGCAAAGCCAGCUCUACAUCCUCUGCUAGCUGCACUUCGCCUGCCGUCUCGAACUCUGGCCACAGCACCUCGCGUGUGCCCAAGAGCCCGCACGCCAGUGUCAAGGUCCUCCCUGCCACGCCUACUUCGUCGACCUUUCCUUCCAACAUCCGCCUGGUGCGCCAGGGAUUCCCCACCGAAUCCACGGCUGCUUUUGGCUCCGCAGCCGCCAUCCCCCCGCAAAGCCCAGGCUUCGUGUUUGCGAAACGCAAGCGCAGUCCGUUCAAGGGGCCCAUGCUUAGCGUAACAACAUCAUCGUCAGCCAUGGCGUCCGCUCACGGGAUCAGCAAUGGCAUUGGUGGCGGGGCGUGGAGGAGUCGAAGCGGGAGCGAAGGCGGCAGUCGGGCCACGAGUGUCCAGGGUAGGCGCAGCGGCGAGAUUAUGGGUAUCACAGAGGAAGAGGAAGAGGAUGUGGACGAGAUCGAGGAGGUUGAGGAGGUGGAUUUUAGGGUUGCGUUGGGGGCCGGGGAGUUUAUUGAGGAGGAGGAAGGAGGCGAGGAGGGCGCUGCAGUCGAGGGAAAGGCGUAG